AUGAGUGAAGAACACGAGGAGUCCAUGAUGGGUGAGGAGCAGAUGACCUCACCCGGCGCGCCGACGCCCCUCUCGGCCCUCGAGGGGAUCGCUGGCUUGACCAAGCGCGACAUUCAGCUCAUUGUCGAUGGCGGUUUCAACACAGUCGAGUCCGUCGCGUACACCCCGCGUCGAAUGCUGGAGCAGAUCAAGGGCAUUUCGGAGCAAAAGGCGGCCAAAAUUCUGGGAGAAGCCUCAAAGCUGGUUCCCAUGGGCUUCACGACGGCGACUGAAAUGCACCAGCGACGAAGCGAGCUUAUUUCUAUCACGACCGGAUCCAAGAACCUCGAUACUCUGCUGGCCGGUGGUAUCGAGACCGGCUCGGUGACCGAGCUUUUCGGAGAGUUCAGAACAGGAAAGAGCCAAAUCUGCCAUACGCUGGCGGUAACGUGCCAGCUGCCCUUCGAUAUGGGCGGUGGCGAGGGAAAGUGUCUGUACAUUGAUACCGAGGGCACGUUCCGGCCCGUCAGACUAUUGGCCGUCGCCAAUCGAUUUGGUCUGUCAGGGGAAGAGGUUCUCGACAAUGUAGCCUAUGCGCGCGCGUACAACUCGGAUCACCAGCUGCAGCUGCUGAACCAGGCCGCCGCCAUGAUGUGCGAGACGCGGUUCUCUCUCCUCGUCGUUGACAGCGCCACGGCCCUGUACCGGACGGAUUUCUGCGGACGUGGCGAGCUCUCAAACAGACAGACACACCUCGCCAAGUUCAUGCGGACGCUGCAGCGCCUGGCGGACGAGUUUGGCAUCGCCGUCGUCAUCACGAACCAGGUCGUCGCACAGGUCGACGGCGGCCCGAGCGCCAUGUUCAACCCUGACCCGAAGAAGCCCAUUGGCGGCAAUAUCAUUGCCCACGCCAGUACGACCCGGAUCAGCUUGAAGAAGGGCCGCGGCGAGACGCGCGUCGCCAAAAUCUACGACAGCCCCUGCCUGCCCGAGAGCGACACGCUGUUUGCCAUUAACGAGGAUGGCAUCGGGGACCCGUCGCCGAAGGACAUGGAGAAGGAUUAA